AUGGAAUUCCAAAUGGACAUGCAGAAACAGGCAAUCUCCUUGGGUAGUACAUAUAUAAAUAGGGCAGUCUCAUUCAGUAAAUUUGAAAUAAUCAAGAGAUACUUUCAAAUAGAUAAUUCUUAUAUAUGCCAUAAAUUAGCCAUGAUAAUAUACCCGUAUACAACAGAGCAAUGGUCAUACACCACAGACAGAGACAUAACAGGCGUACUAAUUAGUCAGCCAGAUAUGUAUAUACCACUUAUGGCCAUAAUAUCAUAUAUAUUAUGUAUAUCCUGUGAGAUGGAACUAAAUAACACCUUUACUCCAACUGCCUUGGGUAAUAUUACUACAAAAGCAUUUCUAAUGGGACUAUUAGAGAGUGCUGUAAUUAAGUCUGCUAGUUUCUUCUUUUAUGCUAAUAUUAAUAUCACAGAUAUAAUUGCAUUUGUAGGAUAUAAAUAUGUGACAGUUAUUCUGAUUAGACUUAUAUCUUAUAUAUGUAAUAUUAUUAUAUCCAAGGUAUCUGCAAUUUAUUUGACAGUUUCAUUCUGUUUAUUCUUAGGGCGCUCAUUAAAGUGCUUUCUAAUUUUAAAUGAACAUGAAAUUCUGGUGAAGAAAAGGAAGAUGUACUUUUUGUUUUUGAUCGUAUUAAUGGAAGGUCUUUUCCUAUUGCUCCUGAAAUAA